CUUUGAGAAACGCGAAAAGCAGAGAGAGAGAGAGAAAGAGAAAGUCUGGCGCGGGCGGGGGCUUGCUCUCUCAGAGCUUCCAACAAUGCUCAAGAGCUGUUGCCUUCCAUCUCUUCUUCUUUGAUCUCCUCCAAAUUAAGGCAGGUUCCGUUUCUUCUUGUUCUAUUCUGAGAUGGAGGCAAUGGAUUCAGGGGAGAAGCGCCUCAAUGAGCUCGGCUACAAGCAGGAGCUUAGAAGAGAGAUGACUCUUUUCAAAACCCUCGCGAUCUCGAUCUCGACAGUGACUCUAUUUACAGGGAUCACGCCGAUGUACGGCUCAAGCCUGCUGUAUGCUGGACCGGCAAGCCUUGUUUGGGGAUGGGUUUUGGUCUCCUUCUUCACUUGGUUUGUUGGAAUUGCCAUGGCUGAGAUUUGCUCUUCUUUUCCAACUACUGGCUCUCUUUACUUCUGGGCUGCCCAUUUAACUGGUCCAUAUGGUGACGUAUGGGGGCCAUUUGCUUCUUGGUGCUGUGCAUGGCUGGAGACAAUUGGUCUUAUUGCUGGAGUUGCUACACAGGCUUAUGCGGGAUCACAAACAUUACAAAUCAUUAUUUUGCUAUGUACAGGAACAAACAAAGGUGGAGGUUACUUUGCUCCUCGUGGAGUAUUUCUUGCUAUGUAUUGUGGCCUUACAGUCAUAUGGGCAAUCCUCAACACAUUUGCAUUACAAGUUAUUGCCUUCAUUGACAUUAUUUCAAUUUGGUGGCAGAUCACAGGAGGUGUAAUCAUGGUCAUAUUGCUUCCUUUAGUGGCUCCAUCUAAACAGCCAGCUUCCUAUGUCUUUGGCCAUUUUGAGAUGGCACCGGCUUCCACAGGGAUACGUAGCAAGCCAUAUGCCGUAAUUUUAUCAUUUCUUGUCAGUCAGUAUUCCUUGUUUGGAUAUGAUGCUGCAGCACAUCUUACGGAGGAAACAAAAGGAGCUGAUAAAAAUGGCCCAAUUGCCAUUCUUUCUAGCAUUGCAAUAAUUUCAAUAUUUGGAUGGGCUUAUGUACUGGCUCUCACUUUUAGCAUCCAGAAAUUUGAUUAUCUACUCGAUGUCAGCAACGAAACUGCUGGAUCAUUUGUGCCUGCACAAAUUUUGUAUGAUGCAUUUCAUGGGAGAUACCACAACUCAACUGGAGCAAUAGUUUUUUUGUUCGUUAUUUGGGGUUCUUUCUUCUUUGGAGGGCUCUCAAUUACUACCAGUGCAGCAAGAGUGGUUUAUGCAUUAUCUCGAGACAAGGGAGUUCCUUUCUCGUCCCUAUGGCGCAAAAUUCAUCCAAAAUACAAAGUUCCAUCGAAUGCAGUGUGGCUAUGUGCAGCCAUUGUCAUCCUCAUGGGGCUUCCCAUCCUCAAAGUAAAUGUCGUCUUCACCGCUAUCGCAUCCAUCUGCACCGUCGGAUGGGUCGGCGGCUACGCAAUACCGAUCUUCGCGAGGAUGGUCAUGCCUGAGAGGAGCUUCAAUCCUGGCCCUUUCUAUUUGGGUAGAGCAAGCAGGCCAAUAUGUUUGGUUGCUUUCUUAUGGAUCUGCUACACUUGCUCUGUCUUCCUAUUGCCGACCUCUUAUCCUAUAAAGUUUGAUACUUUCAAUUAUGCACCAGUAGCUUUGGCACUAUGCCUGACUCUGAUUAUGUUUUGGUGGAUUUUGGAUGCUAGAAAAUGGUUUAAGGGACCUGUUAGGAACAUUAAUGACCAGAGUGGGAAGGAUUAAUUUUCUUAAUUUUUUUUGUUUUCUUCUUAAUGUUGGUGGUUUAAUGGAAUUUCAGGAGAGCUGUUGGUCUCUUUGGUUUCAUGCUAGAGAUUGGACA